AUGGCGUCUCUACCGACGUCUACAUCUACUCCCGGCCUCAAUGUCAUCGCUCUGAUAUCCGGUGGGAAGGACUCGCUGUAUUCGAUUUUACAUUGCAUCAAGCAUGGGCAUCGGGUCGUUGCGUUAGCGAAUCUUCAUCCGCCAUUGCCGUCGGGGCAGGGACAGGCUGAGGAAGAAGAAGAAGAAGAUAUGGAUAGUUUCAUGUACCAGACUAUCGGACAUGGGGUGAUUCCUCUCUACGAGACGGCUCUGGGGAUCCCUCUGUACAGGGCGGCGAUCACUGGCGGAGCGGUCGAUACGUCCCGGAUCUAUCGCAAUGGAAAUGACGCUGAGAGCCAAGACCUCGACACUCAGGCGCAGGCGCAUACUCUCGGAGAUGUUGCGGACGAGACAGAAUCAUUGAUCCCGCUCCUGCGACGGAUCAAAGAAGCCCACCCGGAAGCUAAUGCCGUUUCAGCGGGUGCUAUCCUGUCAACGUACCAACGGACAAGAAUCGAGAACGUCGCGGGCCGUCUGGGCCUGGUUCCACUUGCUUGGUUGUGGAUGUAUCCAAUUCUGCCGCCGUCGGAGGAGAGGAAGGAUCCCGACGGGUCGUCCUCCGCGGUGCCGGAGGCCGGGUUGUUGGAAGACAUGGCGGCUUGUGGCUGCGACGCUCGGAUCAUCAAAACCGCCUCCGGCGGUUUGGAUGCUAGUUUCUUGUGGGGGAAUGUUGCGUCGCCUUCCGGGGACGUGCGGCGGCGGGUCGUGAAGGCCAUGAGGAGGUUCGCGGCAGAGAGCCUCGGAGGUGCUGUUUUGGGAGAAGGAGGCGAGUACGAGACGUUGGCGAUUGAUGGGCCGAGCUUCCUCUGGAAGCAGCGGAUAAGUGUUGAAGAGAAAGAAGAAUGUUCUGGAGACGGGGGCGUCGCGUAUGUGAGAAUCAAGAAUGCGAAGUGCUUGCCGAAGGAGACAGAUACUCCUGGCAUCACACCACAACAGGUCAGACAGCCUUCAUUGUUGGAUGGAAAGUUUGAAGGCUUUUUGAAUGAACUGCAGUCGCAGAAGUACGAAGACUUUGUACCUGGUUCAGACCAGACCAGAGGGAACGGAGCGUCUGACUGGUCAAUUGAGGCGAUGAGCCUCAAAUGCAAGGCAACAUGGGCCAUCGCGAAUAUUACAGCACCAGAAGCUGGCAUCGAAACCGGCGCACAAAUGAGGAGUAUAGCUCUCAAGCUGGAAGAGAUCCUGAAGUCCUCCACAGCAGAAGUCCAGCCUGGUCAGCGGACCACAGAUGAUAUCGUCUUUGCGACUGUACUCCUUCGAUCCAUGAAGGAUUUUGCCUCGAUGAACAAUAUCUAUAUGCAGUUGUUCAGAAAGCCGAAUCCUCCGGCAAGAGUCUGUGUUGCAUGUGGUGACAGUCUCCCUGAUGGCGUGGAGGUCAUGCUCUCCGUUGUCGUCGACCUGGGACCUCGAGAUCUGAGACAGGGUCUCCACGUUCAAUCACGUUCAUAUUGGGCCCCAGCCAACAUUGGACCAUACUCGCAAGCGAUUACUAUACCAUCGGAGCCGGGUACGAGGGUUGAGACUUGCGGCGGUUUGGUAUACAUUGCUGGCCAGAUACCGCUGGAGCCUGCAUCCAUGGAGAUUGCAGGUGGCUUGUGUGGGCCUGGUGAGAACUGGUUAAAGAACUACACAUUACAUGCUGUACUGUCGCUGCAACAUCUCUGGCGGAUAGGUGCGGCGACACAGGUAGACUGGUGGCUGGGGGCAAUUGCCUUCUUAGCAGGGGACAAGCAAAUAGAUACCAAGGUCCGCAUUGCGUGGGAUCUAUGGGAGAAGAUCCACCGGCAGAGCGUCAACGAAGAAGAUGAAGAAGACGAGCCGGAAUUUGAUGCUUGGGAUCUCAAAUACGGCGGCCAAGGAGCUCUUGGAGGCACCAAGGAGGUCCUACCAAGCCUGCCUAACUUCGAGGUAGUGGAAGGGGACUCGAAAACACCCCCUUUCCUCGCUGUGCAGGUAGAGGAAUUGCCUAAAGGAAGUGAUGUCGAAUGGCAAGGCCUGGGCUUGCGGUGCGAGCAAGUAACACUCAGCGAGCGGGUUGAUAAGGGCAGAAAAAUUUACUCCAGUGGCACAAAGGAUGGGAACGUCUUCCUGACUAUCGAGAUAGACCUCGUGCAGUCUGCAUCCAGCUUCGAUGAAUACGUGCAGCAUGCAAUCAAUGAUUACUGUGCCGACAUGGACAUGGCCCAGGCAGUGAUAUACACGGCAUAUCCUUUAUCGCGGAGCCUGUGGCCGGGACAAAUCGUCCCCUGCAAGUCUGUCUGGGGUCCUGGAGGACGACAGAUGGCUGCAGGCAUCACUCUGCAUGCGCAACGUCGCAGGUUCCACGGCAUGGCUGAUCAUGAGGAGGACAUAGCGCCAGAGCCCUCGAGGCUCGCAGUUCCGCAGUCAGAAGCCGACCAGUUGCGAUUCUUCGCACGAUCGCCCCAUCCCUAUCACCGCAAGAGCCGGACACUUCGCGGUUCGGAAUCGCCCUCGACAGAACAUGACGGUAUCCACGACCAUGCCUCUGCAUAUGCAAGAACACCCAGGACGUCGAGUGACAGUGGGACGGAGGCGGACGAUGAGAGUACAGGUGUCCUCAAGGGUCUUCCUGCACCGCCGGUGAGACCGCGGAAGGGCUUGCGGAUUGGAUCUAAUAUCGAGGAGGACUCGCGCCUGUGGUUUUUUACAAGCUAUCGAGGCCGGUCAGAGCGUCGGUCACGGUCGCGGAGCUCGAGAGUGAGCUCGAGUGAGGAACAAGAAACGGAGGCAGCAGAGGGCAAAGAGACGACACGGAAAACACGAGUGGAGGUUCUGCGCAGAGUGUCAGAAACGGCAUUGUUGCUCUCCGUUGGCUACAUUACUGUUUUGCGUGACGAAUCUCGUCAGCUCGCUAUAUCAUGGAAGAGGGAAUUGAUCACGCAAGGUCUUCUAAUCAUUGGACUGUACGGACUCUACCCUCUACGCAUAUUGGCAUCGACUUUGCGACUUGGACGUUCUCGACCUGUGUACGCCUCUGCAUUCUCGAUUCCUUCCAGUUUCGAUCCUGCUCCAUACCUAUAUCCGAUUUUAAUACCCGUCUUUGUGUCGCUUUCGGUGUCGCAAGAUCUUCCCGCUCUGGUCCUCCUGAACAUAAUUCUUGGACUCUCGAGUCUACCGGCGAAAGCUGUCCCGCUCCAUAACUAUGGCUGUGGAUUCAGUCUAGCUGGCUGGUUAGCUACGAUAAUUCCUAUAAUCGUCUCAGAGGACCCAUUGUCCAUGAGUGGCUCGCCUAGACCUCUAUUUCUCCGAGGCAUCAGUUCGGAGACGCUGUUUUUGAUAUUUCCUCUGCAUGAAGCAUUGAUACCCACACUCGAUUUCCUUUUGACAAGCAGCCUCCUGCCAGCCGAGCUUCAGCUUCUGGCUACCGCUUUAAUAAACUUGUAUAUGUUUUCGGCAUCCCCUCAGGCUGAGAUCCUGAAAGCACUGCUGUGGCUUGGCGGCCUUUGCGUCUUCAUUUCAUGUCGCCAUGUGUUGCGGUGGGAGGUGGCGUUGGCUAGGGUCCCUACCUGGAAAUUCCGUCGAUCUACUAGCAGCCUCCGAUCGCGCAGGAACAUCUUCAGCAUUCUGGACGAGAAAAUCUGUCAGAAAGUGAGCCAAUUUGGCUCCAAUAAAACGAAGGUGUCUGAUGGCGAUAGUGAGGACGAUCGGUUCGUGAAGAAACCACUGAGACGUCAUGGAAGCUUGUCCGAGCGUCAUAAUGGCCAUGCUGGAUCCGAUGAACCGGCGUCCGCUAUUGAUAACCAGAGAACCAACGACAUCUUCCAAGAGCCUUUCAUCACGGGGCCAAAACGACGGCAUACCAUCUCGACUCCCGAAGAGACAACACACUCCAGCACGCAGCGGGUGCGAACUACCCCAAGCGGCCGACGAAAAAGAUCCAUAGCGCCAGGGUUGGCGUCCUUCCUCUCGCUGACGGCUGCUCAAGCGCAAGUCCGCAGAUGGGUCUACGCUCUGUAUACGUACGCAGCGGUUUUCCUGAUCAUCAUGGGGCCAGUGAGGAAGUAUGUCGGGGAGAAAGCGCUCCAUGGAAAUGAGCCAUUUGGAUGGGCCUUGGGGUAUCUCCUGGGUAAUCAGUCUUGGUUCCGAUUCUGGACGGUCAUGAUGAAUCUGGAGGGCUGGAUUCGUAUCCCUCUUCGCUUCGACCCGGACAGCACUGCAGCAUGUCGUCAGGGCUGGCUGGAACAUCUUCGACAGGAUACCUUCGGGGAAGCUAAUACACGACUUCUGAUAUCUGCAUAUUGUCUUCUUGUUCUCAUCACCGGAAUGGCAAUCGUACUUCGUCUGAGCUCCAUUGUCGAAGUGGAUACCAGACGCAAAGUCUUCCAUGGCAUGAUGGUGGCCAUGUUUCUUCCGACGGUAUAUGUCGAUCCUGCGUUCUGCGCCCUAGCACUUUCUCUGAUCCUGGCUAUAUUCUUAUUGCUGGAUCUAUUCCGGGCGUCUCAGUUACCCCCUAUCUCACGGCCGCUUACGCAUUUCCUCGCCCCGUAUGUUGAUGGUCGUGAUCACCGUGGACCGGUCAUCGUGUCGCACAUUUUCCUCCUCAUCGGAUGUGCGAUUCCGCUGUGGUUAUCCCUUGCAAGCCUGCCGCGUGGCGGAAGCCCGCCGUGGGAGGGCUGGGAGGUACCUUCUCCGGACGUCAGCAUGGUCAGCGGAGUGAUUUGCGUGGGCAUGGGAGACGCAGCGGCCUCACUUGUCGGACGGCGUUUCGGACGGCACAAGUGGUUUUGGGGCGGAGGAAAGUCUCUGGAAGGCAGCGUGGCAUUUGCAGCGGCCGUCUCCGUUGGUUUGAUUGCCGCACGGGCCUGGGUUGUCCUUGGUGGUUGGCACCCUUCCAGUGCUUGCUCCUGGCCCCUCAUUGUAGGUAAGUCGAUAUUGGCAGCCAGCGUUGCCAGUACCACCGAGGCAGUUCUUACCGGGGGAAACGACAAUGUUAUUGUUCCUAUUGUGCUAUGGUUGCUCGUGAGAGGAUUGGACAUUUGAGCAGUAUAGAAGAGCAGCUCCUCGCUUGUACUACACCAAUGAGAAUGACGCGAGCCUACAGGUUCGCGCGGACAUGACUUUACGAUGAUCGAGAAUUGGCGGUCUGUUGUAUUAGAGAACAUCUGGAGUGGGAGUAUUGAUCAGAGGCAAACCAAAAAGAUUUCUACGCAAGCAUGGCAUUUUCCUUUGUGUCUUAACUUCAUUACCUUUUUGGCCCGGGAAAGAAAAUACUGGCGUUGUUCAGGAUGGCCCUUGCUUUUCGAUGUUGAUGUGUUGUACUUAUAGCGCCAUUGUACUGGUAUUCGGUCAUUUCUAUCCUUUUUUUGAAGCCUCACUCCAACCUUGGGCUCUUCCAGCCUUGAUAGCUCUCUUGCCUCCGAUAUGU